GGAAACAGCACAUAGAAACUGCCAAAGCAAACUGCAAACCUCUCUCAGCAGCAUCUCACAAGACAUAGACAGAAGACUGAGGAAAACUUUAAGAUCAAAAUGUAUCUUGCAAUUGCCAUACAACUCAGCAUUAUCUGCAUCAUCCAAGCAUCUGCUCAACAAGAUAGCAAAUCCUGUGGAGGCUGUUGUACUGCUCCUGCUGGGAUUCCUGGGAUUCCAGGAAGCCAUGGUGCCCCUGGUGUUCCCGGUCCAGUAGGCAUGAAAGGAGAUAUGGGAUGGAAAGGAGACAAGGGAAACGCAGGAUCAGAUGGAAGAGAUGGGCCUCCAGGUGUACAAGGACCAAUCGGUCGACCAGGUGUUCCUGGUGUGAAAGGGGAAAGAGGAGAGAAAGGUGAACAAGGUCUCACAAACAGCCAACCUAGAUCUGCAUUCUCAGUUGGAUUCUCAGCAAAUCCAGGACGUCUAACAGUUGGUCCAAUGAAAUAUUCAAAUAUUAUUACAAACGUGGGGAGUAACUACAACCAAGGCACAGGGAAGUUUGUCUGUGCACAUCCAGGCACUUAUGUCUUCCAGUUUACAUCAGGGUCAGCUAGCACCGGUAACAUUGCAACACGCAUCAUGAAGAAUGGGCAACGCAUUCUCUCUGCAUAUGAGAGUGGUUCAAGCUAUAAAUCAGCCACCAACAUGGUGGUUCUUGAAUUAGCAGCAUAUGAUGAAGUGUGGACUCAGCCUCUGUCAACCAGCUAUAACUAUUACUAUAGUAAUGGCAACAUUUACUGUUCUUUUUCAGGCUUCCUGCUUUAUUCAACUUCAUAA